GCGAGGCGGUGCACCCGGGCAGAGCGCGGACCGCAGCGCGCGGGGCUCCGGGGGCAUCCGCCGCUCGGCUCCGUUUGCGGGCCUCGUCCGCUAGUCUUGUCCCCCUCCUGCGGCCGCGCUGCCGAGCCCUCGCGCGUUGGCGAGGUCGACAAGCAGCAUGGCGGUGGAGGAAGAGGGGCUGCGGGUCUUCCAGAGCGUGAGGAUCAAGAUCGGUGAAGCCAAGAACCUUCCUUCCUACCCGGGGCCAAACAAGAUGAGGGACUGCUAUUGCACCGUGAACCUGGACCAGGAGGAGGUUUUCCGGACCAAAAUUGUAGAGAAGUCACUCUGCCCCUUUUAUGGAGAGGACUUUUACUGUGAAAUCCCUCGGAGCUUUCGUCACCUGUCUUUUUACAUUUUUGAUAGAGACGUUUUCCGAAGGGAUUCCAUCAUAGGCAAGGUGGCCAUCCAGAAGGAAGACUUGCAGAGGUACCACAACAGGGACACAUGGUUCCAGCUACAGCAUGUGGAUGCUGACUCGGAGGUGCAGGGCAAGGUCCACCUGGAGCUGAGACUGAGUGAGGUCAUUACAGACUCGGGUGUUGUCUGUCACAAACUCGCUGCACGCAUCUUCGAGUGCCAGGGCCUCCCCAUUGUGAACGGGCAGUGUGACCCUUACGCCACAGUGACCUUGGCCGGACCCUUCAGGUCUGAAGCAAAGAAAACGAAGGUGAGGAAGAAAACGAACAACCCCCAGUUCGAUGAGGUGUUUUACUUCGAGGUGACCAAACCCUGCAACUCCAACAGAAGGUCCCACUUUGACUUUGAGGAGGAAGACAUAGACAAACUCGAAAUUCGAGUUGACCUCUGGAAUGCCAGCAACCUGAAGUUUGGGGACGAGUUUCUUGGGGAGCUGAGGAUCCCCCUGAAGGUGCUGCGACACUCCAGCUCUUACGAAGCCUGGUACUUCCUCCAGCCCCGAGACAAUGGCAGCAAGAGCCUGAAGCCAGAUGACUUGGGGUCACUGAGGCUAAACGUAGUUUACACAGAAGACCACGUCUUCUCCUCAGAGUACUACAGCCCACUGCGGGACCUCCUGCUGAGGUCUGCAGAUGUGGAGCCUGUCUCAGCCUCAGCUGCUCACAUCCUGGGGGAGGUCUGCCGAGACAAGCAGGAGGCGGCCAUCCCGCUGGUACGGCUCCUGCUGCACUAUGGCAGGGUAGUGCCCUUCAUCAGUGCAAUCGCCAGUGCAGAGGUGAAGAGGACCCAGGACCCCAAUACCAUCUUCCGAGGAAACUCCCUGACGUCUAAGUGCAUCGAUGAGACGAUGAAGCUGGCGGGCAUGCACUACCUCCAUGUGACCCUGAAGCCCGCCAUCGAGGAGAUCUGCCAGAGCCACAAGUCCUGUGAAAUCGACCCCGUGAAGCUGAAGGAUGGGGAAAACCUUGAAAACAACAUGGAGAGCCUGAGGCAGUAUGUGGAUCGCAUCUUCACCGUCAUCACUAAGUCCGGGGUGAGCUGUCCCACUGUCAUGUGUGACAUCUUCUUUUCCCUGCGAGAGGCAGCCGCCAAGCGCUUCCAAGAUGACUUGGAUGUGAGGUACACUGCUGUGAGCAGCUUCAUCUUCCUGAGGUUCUUCGCUCCUGCCAUCCUGUCCCCGAACCUUUUCCAGCUGACACCCCACCACACGGAUCCACAGACUUCUAGAACUCUGACACUUAUCUCAAAAACGAUCCAGACUCUCGGGAGCUUGUCCAAGUCCAAGUCUGCCAGCUUUAAGGAGUCAUACAUGGCAACGUUCUAUGAGUUCUUCAACGAGCAGAAGUACGCAGACGCUGUAAAGAAUUUCCUGGAUUUGAUUUCAUCCUCGGGGAGAAGGGACCCCAAGAGCAUAGAGCAGCCCAUCCUGCUUAAAGAAGGCUUCAUGAUCAAGCGGGCCCAAGGAAGGAAACGGUUUGGAAUGAAGAACUUUAAAAAGAGGUGGUUCCGGCUGACGAACCACGAGUUCACCUACCAGAAAAGCAAAGGUGACCAGCCCCUCUGCAGCAUCCCCAUCGAGAACAUCUUGGCUGUGGAGAGGCUAGAGGAGGAGUCCUUCCGAAUGAAAAACAUGUUCCAGGUUAUCCAGCCAGAGCGUGCACUGUACAUCCAGGCCAACAACUGUGUGGAGGCCAAGGACUGGAUCGACAUUCUCACCAAAGUGAGUCAGUGCAACCAGAAACGCCUCACCACGUACCAUCCGUCUGCCUACCUGAAUGGCCACUGGCUUUGCUGCAGGGCCUCCUCAGACACGGCUGCUGGCUGCUCUCCCUGCACUGGGGGGCUCCCAGCAAACAUCCAGCUGGACAUUGAUGGGGACCGUGAAACAGAGCGCAUCUACUCUCUCUUUAACCUGUACAUGGGCAAGCUGGAAAAGAUGCAGGAGGCCUGUGGCAGCAAGUCUGUGUACGACGGCCCUGAGCAGGAAGAAUACUCGACGUUCGUCAUCGAUGACCCCCAGGAGACCUACAAGACGCUGAAGCAGGUCAUCGCUGGGGUGGGGACCCUCGAGCAGGAACACGCACAAUACAGGAGGGACAAGUUCAAGAAGACGAGAUACGGGAGCCAGGAGCACCCUAUUGGAGACAAGAGCUUCCAGAACUACAUCAGGCAGCAGUCUGAGAUCUCCACCCAUUCCAUUUAAGGCCGCAGCACCUCCCAGAAUGGGGCUGUUGAGCCAUGCCAGGAAACCAACGACCUUUAAAAGCAGACACAAAAAGACAGAACACAUACGUGGAGAGGAGCCACAUUUGCCCAUCCACACAGGUCCUACCAAACUGGUGGGGCCACUGGGGGCCAAGCAUGCUCUUCCUCUGCAGGGACUGUCGCCUGGGCUGUGCACUCUCCUUGGUUGCCAGCACGGGUGACCCGAGCCACUCUGGAAUGUAUGAUCAUUUGGUUUUUUUUUUUUUGUUUUUUUUUUACUACUUUGGUUUUAUGGGGAUCCAGGGAUCUGUUAAAUAUUAGGAAGUGUGGACUUUGUUGAAACCUGUUUCCACGUAGCCCAGUUCCUCUUCACGGAGGCAUGGCUGGCUUAUUCAUGGUGACGCGCACCUUCUGCAGUGUGCACUGUCUCCUGUUUGUUGCCUGCUGGCCUCUGUGUCUACACACACAUUGUGGUCUGGUCCUAGCCCUAGCAUUGUACUUACUCCUGGUGUUUCUACUUGACCCCUGUCUGGGGUGUUAGAAGCAGUAUUUUCCUGGCAGGCAGCUUUUCUCCUUGGCUUAUGCUGGUCUGUUCCCGGCUAUAGGGUCUUUUGGUGCCUGGGAUGGUCAGGAUGGUGCAGGAGGCCUUUGAUCUUUGGGAGCACAGGGUCCUUUAUUUUUCAGAGUCCCUGUGAGCCCAGCCUUCUCUGGGUGACCAUCACCCCUCAGUUUGAACACAGGUAUGGAUGUCAGGUGAGGUUUUAAACUAGCUUGCUACCUUGGUGAAAGUUUGGCAACAAUUUUUAAAAUGUGCAUUUUCCAAGCUGUUUCUCUUAAUGUUUUUAAAGGGUUGUUUCUAAAUAGCAUUUUGAUACAAAGCAGUUGGGGACAUCAACACCUAUACACACUAAAGGGGAAUAUCACAGGGACACCCAAAGGGAACAGUAUUGAUUUCUCACAAAGCCAAAGGGCCCUCAGGGAUGGAGCCCUAUGCUGGAGGCUGCACCGUCAGCAAUAAAGGCCAAACGUGGUAUUUCGCACACCUAUGUCUCUAAGCCCAACAAGAUGCGUGUGGCAGUGUUUGGAGCCAUUUUGAUUGGGAUGGGAGGGUGCU